AUGGCGGGCACACUGCCCUCAAUUCCCGACAACAUCCCCAUCAGUGAAUUCAUGCUCAGUGAGAAAUAUGGUCGGCAACCGCUUCACCUGUCCAAGCAUCCAUACACCUGCGGACUGACCGGGAAAUCCUACUCGUCUCCCCAGGUGGUGGAACGGGUCGACCUCCUGUCCCGUUCGCUGGGCAAAGAGCUCAACUGGGCACCGAACAACGGUACCGAAUGGGACAAGACCCUGGCGGUUUUUAGUUUGAAUACGAUCGAUACGCUUACCCUGUCCUGGGCCGUUCACCAGCUCGGCGGCAUUGUUUCGCCCGCCAAUGCGGCAUACUCGGCAGCCGAAUUGAAGCAUCAGCUGCUGGACUCCAAGGCAAAAGCAUUGUUUACAUGUGCUCCUCUGCUUCCCACAGCCUUGGAGGCCGCCGCUAUGGCUGGAUUCCCUAAGGAUCGUAUCUAUUUGCUUGAAGUCCCACCCCAGAUCGGAGGCGGUACGAACGGUGCCGCGGAGUAUAGAACUGUCUCACAACUGAUCGAGGCCGGGAAAUCGCUCCCCAAGGUAGACAGAUUGAACUGGACCGCAGGGGAGGCUACUCGCAGGACCGCAUUUCUAUGUUACUCCAGUGGAACAUCCGGGUUACCAAAAGGGGUCAUGAUCUCCCACCGUAAUGUCAUCGCCAAUGUCCUGCAGAUCGCAGCCUCUGAAAAAUCAUGGCGGGCCUCGCUCACGAAACCAGGCUCACCGCAGCACAUGGAUGUGGUGUUGGGGCUUCUACCUCAGAGCCAUAUCUAUGCCCUGGUGGUCACCUGUCACGCGGGGCCAUUCCGGGGUGAUCAAGUCAUUGUUCUGCCGAAAUUUGAGCUGAACACAUAUCUCUCUGCCAUCCAGAACUUCAAGAUCACAGGUCUGUACGUGGUCCCUCCGAUUAUCAUUACCAUGAUUCGAAACCAGGAUACCUGUUUGAAGUUCGAUCUGAGUUCAGUCGGAAUGAUCUUCACGGGUGCCGCUCCACUGGGAAUGGAAACCGCUGCCGACUUCCAGAAAAUCUAUCCGAAUAUCAAGAUCCGCCAGGGUUACGGUCUCACCGAGACAUCAACUGUUGUGGCCUCGACUUACCCGACCGACAUCUUCCUCGGCUCCUCCGGUUGCCUGGUUCCUGGCGUUGAAGCACGCAUUGUCACUCCGGAAGGCGAAGAGGUUACCAGCUACGACACUCCCGGUGAGCUCGUCGUUCGCAGCCCAAGUGUCGUUCUGGGAUACUUGAACAACGAGAAGGCCACCAAAGAGACGUUCAAGGAUGGAUGGAUGUACACGGGCGAUGAGGCCGUUUUCCGGGUGAGCCCCAAGGGCACCGAGCAUGUUUUCAUCGUCGACCGGAUCAAGGAAUUGAUCAAGGUCAAGGGCUUGCAAGUCGCUCCGGCUGAACUGGAGGCUCAUCUUCUCACCCACCCAGCCGUUGCUGACUGUGCCGUGAUCGCUAUUCCCGACGAUAGCGCUGGAGAAGUACCGAAAGCCAUCGUGGUCAAGUCAGCCUCCGCUGGCAACGACGACAAGGCAAUUAUCGAUUCUAUUAAGAAACACGUAGAGGAGCACAAGGCUCGGCACAAAUGGCUCAAGGGUGGAGUGCGGUUCGUUGAAGCUGUUCCCAAGAGUCCUAGUGGCAAGAUCCUGCGCCGACUGCUGCGCGACCAGGAGAAGGAAGCACGAAGACAAGCAGGUGCAAAGCUAUAA